AUGACGUCAACACAAACCAGAGAAGUUCCAUUAGGAGGUAUCAAAGAUCUCGUCGAUGCCGGCCCCUCAAUCAUCGCAAAUAAACCAACAGAACCACCAUCGAAGUUGGGUCUCAGCGCGAAACAGGUACGGUAUUUCUUCUCGGCGAAAGAUCUUUGAUGUUUACAGAUCACAUUUGUAUGCAAAGACGAUAAAAAGCCAGUGGCAAUGACGAUAAAAAUCUUCAACCCAACCAAUGAAGUGUUCAGUUUCAAAGUUCGUUGCACAUCUUCCGAAUAUUUUCGAGUUCAACCACCGAUUGGAACAUUGCCACCGAAAACCAGUAAAGAGCUCAGUCUUUGGUAUAAUGUUAGUUUUUGGAAUCAAACAAUUUUCUAGAACCCUUAAAAUUCCUAAUUUCCAAAAAAAAAAUUUUCUGGGGGAAAUUUUUUUGAAUUUCUUAGCUGUCAAUUUUUCGUUUUCCUAAUUUCCAAGAAAGUUUACUGAAGAAAAAUGAAAAAAAAUGCUAAUUGGAAAAUCAAACCUACAGAAAAAAAAACGUGGUAUCGAAAUUUGAAAAUUCCGAAAAUAUUCAUCAAAAAUUUGAAACGUACAUUUUCUGGGGAAAAAGUUUGGAAUUUUUAUUGAUUUUUAGGCGAUUCAAAAGCUCAGAGAACAUUUUUGCAGAAUGCCGGAAAAGCGCUGGAACUCAACAACAAACAUUAUUUUGCAUUUUAUCAUUAUAAAGGCGAUUGCAAAGAAUCGCGAGAAGUUUUGAAUGGAAAAGUCGAAGGAGUUCGAAGAUUGCCAGCAAUUUUUGAAAUGAAAUAA